GUGUACAGUCACGUGCAAUAUGACAUUCAACAUCAGUGCCCGUGGUCGAAGGGGCUCCAAGGCUGUACGGCUGUGCAGACACAGGGUAAGUUCCAGACCUAAGCACAGCUUCACUUAGUGGUAUUUAUUAAACCGCUAUUUCGCAUAUCAGAGCCACCGCACAGCCCUGGAGCCCCUUCGACUACGAACAAGGGUGUUGCAAGUCAUUGCACACGACUGUACGUUGCUGCUGCCAUUUCUGUGCAUUUUCAGGAACACUGCCCUUGAUUUGCAGCAUCAAAUACCUGUAUUCAAUGCGUCGGGCCAUCUCUCUAAAUAUACACACUAUUAUUCGGUUCAGUGGGGCACUGGUGGUUUUGUAAAUGCUUGUCAACGACUCCCUGGAGCAUGCUGUAGUGGGUUUUACGUCAUAUUGGCAGUGCCAGACGCUAAAGGUAAGAUGGUAAAUCGGCUCGGUUGGCUAUGGACGCGCGACUACCGUUGCUUUUACGCUCCUAGACAAAUGUACAACCUUUGGGGUGUAUAUCUGCCACACAACAAUAAUCGUCAUCUGCCAUGCUUGCGUUUCCUUGAAAACGCUGCUGACGCUGCGCCCGCUACUUUCCUGUGUCCUGUCGAGAAUGAUAUCUGUCGUGCUGAUAACGCGCAUGUCGUUCGUGACUUAGAAGUACCGGGCUGGCAGCGUUAAAGAAAGGAAAUGCGGACAAGACAGAUGACGAUUAUCGUUGUGUGAUAAGAUACGACCCAAAGGGUGCAGUUUUGCUUUAAGAGUGCAGGCAUGGUGUAGGGCAUUAAAAGCAAAAAUUCCAUGCAGGCCGACUUGCACGUUCGUUUUUUUUUUUUGUUGUUGUUGUUUUUGUUGUUGGUCGGCAGCGGCUACAUUGUAGCGCUUAGAACUCUUAAUACGAGAAGUGGACCGAGCAGACGAAGCUGUAUGCUCCGCCUACGUUACGUUUACGCGAACAUAAAAUCAAGCGAAAUGAAUCAUUGCUCAGGUGUGCGUCGGUUUUCAUAAACGAGCGCGUUAGUGUUGUUUCUUAAGCGCUUUCUUAUUCCUAAAUAGAUUCCUAAAGACGCAGGCUACGGUGCUGCUACCGUACUACGGUCUAGGGUGGCUUUAUUCUAUGGGGUGGCCGUAGAAUGUGCUCGUGUAGAACACCUAUGGGUGGCUACGUGGGUGGCUACCCGUGCUACCGGUUUACGUUGAUGCGGCUAUGCUUGACGCGCACGGCGCGGGCGCGGCUGCGGCAAAGUGCCCACACUUUCGUUCGAAUGAUUCUAACCAUGCGGUACUCAAAUUGUAGACUUCGGAGCAAGUCAUCCUUGCCCGACAUUGACUUGCCACAUAACCAAGACAUAGUUGUCGGCAGAAACCGCAGCACUCAAAUUCGGAACAAGCGCUGCUCUAGAUGUCAAGCCAGACUACGAGCGGAUUUUAACAACGGCACGAUUCAGCUAACGCAGCUUGGAGAAAACUCAUGCCAGGUGUCGGGUAGGUGUCUUGCAGUUGGGGAGACGGUGACAGUGUCUGACGGUGAUCAGUUCGAGUUGCUUGCGGAAGAACUGCCUUACGUGGUUUUGUUCGAGAAGUCUUCUAGUCUUGACAUACCUUCAUCGGCUGCUGCAGUCGAUUUUCCCAGUUGUGACGGAAAUCACCACUUGAAGCGUAAAUCUGAUGACGAAGACAUGCCACUAUCGAAGAAACAUGCCUCAUCCGACGCGCAUGAUGAACAUGACGAGUAUGUGGAAGAAGUUUCCCGCAAAUUGAAGCACAUGCAGAGUAGCCAUAAAAAGCGUCACACCGAAAAUUUGACGCAACAAAGUGAAACUGUGGUUUCACAUCAUGGUGGAAAUCCUGGAGCGCGCCAGAGCAAGAGUGGAUGGACUGACUUGACAGAACAUCAUGUUUUACUGUUUAAUUCAGAAAGGCUUGAACACAAGCCAAAGAUUGCUGCAUUUGACCUUGAUGGAACUCUUAUCACUACCAAGUCUGGCAAGGUAUUUCCCCUCAACUCUGCUGAUUGGCGGAUACUAUUGUCAGAAACUGAGGCACGCCUACAUAGUCUUGUAAGAGAGGGUUACAAGAUUGUUAUCAUUACCAACCAGAGGGGUCUUGCUAAGAGCCACAGCCAUGAAGUUGACUUCAAGAGCAAGGUGGAGCGUGUCUUAAAGACGUUGGCUGUGCCAGCCCAAGUGUAUGUGUCUAUUGGCCAUGGCUUCUAUCGCAAACCAGCACCAGGAAUAUGGCAGCACCUGGAGUCUCAUGGAAAUGGAGGUAUUCCAAUCAAUUUGAAGGAGUCCUUUUAUGUUGGAGAUGCUGCAGGGAGACCAGCAAACUGGGAACCUAAACGCAAAAAAGAUUUUUCAUGUUCAGACAGACUGUUUGCCCUCAACAUUGGAAUUACAUUUUAUACUCCAGAAGAGUUCUUUUUGAGGAGUCGUGCAGCUAAAUUUGAUCUUCCACAAUUUGACCCCCGCAAAGUGCCACAUCUCCCACUUGCUGAAGUUGUAGCAUCUGCAAAGCCAAGUGAAAGCAAAUUCUUUAAUGGUGAUGACCUUCCAGCAGAUCACACUGAGGUUGUGGUGCUUGUUGGAUAUCCCGCAUCUGGUAAGAGUCACUUUGCAAAGGAGUACCUUGUAUCAAAGCAGUAUGCUCAUAUUAACCGUGUAAGUUUGCUGGUGGAUAUGUUGAAGUCGUCACAGAAGUGCAUUGAGGAAUGUGAAAAAUCACUAAGGCGUGGUCAGAGUGUAGUGGUAGACAACACUAACCCGGACCCCGAGAGCCGAAAAAGUGAGGAUGUAGUUGUUCACUGGAAGCAUGCUGAAAACAGCGAUAAGUUUAUUGACAUUGCAAAGAAACAUGGCUGUGAAUGCAGGUGCUUUGUUAUGGAUUGCACCCUGGAGAGAGCAAAGCACAAUAACCAGUUUCGUGAGAUUAAGCUGAAGGGACAACCCCAUGUUUCUGUCACAGACAUGGUGCUAUACAACCAUCGGUCCAAGUUCAAGGAGCCAAGAUUGUCUGAAGGAUUCUCAGCCAUCUUAAAAAUAAACUUUGUUCCCAAAUUCGGUGCACCUGAAGAUGAAAAGCUAUACAGAUGCUUUCUCAAAGACAAGUAACAUCGCAGUUAGUGAAUAAACAUGCAAGAUCAGCUAUUUCCUCUUUGAAUGUAGCUCAUUAAAAGUGACCUUUAGAUUG